GGGAACACGGGGGCUGGGUCCUGUGGCAGCGGACGCUUUGAACUUCACCAACCGGGAAGAGAAGCAGGGGUGUUUUGUGGAAGACGUGUCGGUGGCUGCCGGCCUUUCCAGGGCUCCCGCCUGCGCUGCUCGGCACCCAGCCGCCCCGGGGCAGCUCUGUCCCCUGCGAGUCCCCUGUCGGCCCCGGCUCCUCGGACGAUCUCAGCAUCGCCCUGCCAGGUCUGAAGGUCCGCAGGGAAGCAGCGGGCACGGAACGCACCGGUUCGGUUCUCACAAACGCUCCAAAGCCAUUCCCGGCUCCUCCUGUGGCAGCAUAAAGUCAAAUACUCGGGAGUGUAAACAGGCAGUAGCAGUGAUUCUGAGAAAUGGAUGAGAGCACUUUUCAAGAGUAUGAAGAUGAAAUCCAGGCCCUGGAAGAAGAAAUCAGGCUGUUGACAGAACAGUAUGAAGAGAUCAGACAAGAAUCCACCUUCUUGUCUGAUGAGGAGAUUCUGCAAUCCAUAAAAUCACUCCAAAGAGAAACUCAGGGAGAAACCAAGGGACAUGAAUCUCUGUCAGACCUGGUAGCUGAGCUUGAAAGUCUAGAAAAAGAUCUCUCAUUUUUAGCAGAAUUUACUGGGUUUCAUUUCACAAGUCAUUCCAAGAAAACAGUGGAAAAAACUCAAGACAGGACGGUGCAGAGGUACAGAUUGUCAGGGAGGUGUCAUUCCCUCUCUUUUCAACUGGAAUUCCAGCUCCUUGAAAUGCCGAACAAUGAGAAAGUGUCUGCUGUUGUUAGUGAUCUCAGCAUUGUCAUGGACUCCCUAGAAGAUUCAAAUGUGAGCAAGUUUGUGUCAAGCACUGAAGAACAUGGAGAUCUUCUAACAUUUUUCAGAAGCAUUUCAACCUAUGCUGAGUGGUUUGAACAUCGCAAACGCACCUUCCUGCAUUUCAAGACCAAGUAUCCUGACAUCGUGACCCUUCCAGAAGGAGUGCUGGGAGAUUUUCUGAUUCUGAGGAGCCCCAAAGCCUCUGGGUUUGAACUGAUGAUUGUCUGGAAGAUCCAUCUGGAUGAAGAAGGGACCACUACGCCUGUCCUGGACCUGCUGCCCAAAGUCCCCAAGCAAGUUGUGGAGCAGAGGGUGGCGCCUGGGGAGAGCCUCCCCGGCUGCUUCCGGAGCCUGCUCCGCCUCCUGGGCAUCGAGGCCGCCAUCGAGAACCUGAUCACGGUGCUGGGCUCAGGGCACUGAAUGCCAGCACUACUGACACCAGGUAGCAAUUUCAAAAGGAGUUUAAUUAAGGUAUUGUGUUACACGGUCUAUAAUUUUAUUGAAUAUAAACAUUAAGUUAUUUUCCAUUUAGAAACCAUACUCAUAAAACAUGCUAUCUGUACAAUUAUGGCACGUUAUAUAUAAAUUGUCAUGACAUGAAAAUAAAUACAGCCAUUUAAAUACAAAAAUGCCAAAUAAAAUAGUUACAUGUACAGAGAGAUUUCAUUAUAAAUUUAUCUUUCUGAAUCAUGAAUGUACCAGAGUGGUUUAUCUUCUUAACAUUUUCUAGAUACUUGGAAAUCGUUAAAAGAUCAUGCACUGUCAAAAUCAAG